GUUACAGCAAACGACCAGAGCCGGUUAAUGGACAACGCGGAAAUGCGGGGCAGGUACUGAACCGUCGGUUGUUCGUUCUGACCACUGUUGUCAUCCGUGAGAAUGGACUGAAAAUCCCAAAGGGAGCUAGAAGCUUCUCAGGACCAGCCGUUUCCAUCUUAAACCGCUCAGAGUCGCAUUCAUUAGCUGCUUUCUGCUGCUCAGAGACCGCGAGCAGAAUGUCUGAGAAUGACGGAGCAGCUGUGGGUCUUCUGUCUUAUGAGACUCUUGUCCACGCCGUGGCAGGAGCGAUGGGCAGUAUGACCGCAAUGACUGUGUUUUUCCCUCUGGACACAGCCAGAAUUAGACUUCAGGUGGACGAGACCCGGAAGUCCAAAUCCACCCCUGUCAUUCUGGCUGAGAUAGCAAAAGAAGAGGGGAUAAUGUCUCUCUAUCGUGGCUGGUUUCCUGUAAUCUCCAGCCUGUGCUGUUCUAAUUUUGUCUACUUCUACACUUUCAACUGCCUGAAGCGAGUGUUGGUCACAGGCAAGCAGCAGUCCAGGCCUAGCAAAGAUCUGGCCAUGGGCUUCAUCUCAGGGGCCGUGAACGUGCUCCUGACCACACCGAUGUGGGUGGUGAACACUCGGCUGAAGCUGCAGGGAGUAAAAUUCCGGAAUGAGGAACUCCACCAGACCCACUACAAAGGCAUUUUUGAUGCUUUCUCCCAGAUCAUAGCUAAAGAGGGAGUGGGGACUCUGUGGAACGGCACGCUCCCAUCCCUGGUGUUGGUGUUCAAUCCAGCAGUGCAGUUUAUGUUCUAUGAGGCCAUGAAAAGGAGGGCAGGCCAAGGAGGAAGGAAGAUUUCAUCAGUUGAGAUCUUCCUCAUUGGUGCCAUUGCCAAAGCUAUCGCAACCUCCGCCACUUAUCCACUGCAGACCGUCCAGGCUAUUCUGAGGUUUGGCCAAUACAAAUCACAAGAGAAAGGGGGUCUGAUGGGCAGCUUACGUAAUGUGGUGGAUUUACUAAUGGACAGAAUCAAGAGAAAUGGAGUGAUAGGCUUGUACAAAGGUCUGGAGGCCAAGCUUUUACAGACGGUCCUGACAGCAGCUCUUAUGUUUGUGGUGUAUGAGAAGAUUGCUGCAGUAACCUUCAAACUGAUGGGCCUCAGUAAGAAACUAAAGCACUAAGAUCUGUGGCCUUAUAACAGUAAAGCCCUGAACCAGAUACAGCCUUAUUACUUACCUACCUCUCUAACCUGACUCAGGCACAUGCCACAUACUAAGUCGUACUAACUAUGGCUUAAUAAUCCUGCGAGUCUUAUCGACAGGGGUUCACAAAGUUUCAGUGUUCAAGUAAACAUCACAAGCAUUUUUGUGUCAUUCAGAGCAAAAUGAUGGGCCUUUAGUGCUCUUUGUAUUCCAAGAUGGACAACUGUUAACAGCUGCACUUAUUAUAGGUAUUUGCAUGAUCUUGAUUAUAUAAACCAUAUUUACAGUGCACUUUUUUUUUUUUUAAUUGUUCAUAAAACAACUCUGAUGCACAUUCUCCAUUUUGGUACUGACCAUCAGUACAUGUGACCAGUAAAGGGAGAAGAAGGCACUGUUUGUAGAAAAGAAUGUACUUAACAGCACUGCUGACUUUUUUUAUGCCACGCCUCAAAAGAUCUGUAUAUGUCCUUGUAUUAAAUGCCCGAGUUAAAUGUAUCAUUAUACAUGUGCAGUUAGUUUAGAAACUUAAAGUGGUGUAAAAGAUUAACAAUACCCAUUUUACUCGUGUUUUAUAAACAUUUAAUUUGUUUGACAGUUUUGUAUGUGGACAUAUGUAUGACACUUUGUAAAUGCCAAGUAUAAAAAAAAGUUUACUUUCAUGUAAAAUUAAUAUGUAAUCACCAUCACUUAAUUUUUAUUAUCCAACAAAUUAUUCUACAGAUUACUGAAGCUGGGGUUAGUCAAUCAGAGCUACUUAUACAAUAUAAACAUGUUUACAUUAUAAUAUCAGUCUUCGCACUUGAAUACCUUGUGUGUGAUUCACCUUUGUUUGUGCAACUUUUUUUUCCUUUAAUUUACUUGAAUGUAAUUUUUUUUGGUCGUGUUGAAAUAUCAGAUAUAGAUUCCACUUGUAAUAAAAAGUAGUUUUGUAGGGGGAAAAAAAAACCCUUGUUCAUGCGUGCCUUAUAAAUCAAGAAACAAUGAGGGUAACAUACUGAAUCUUACAACAAAUUGUUUAUUUACAUUUAGCUUAAUACAAUUUAUGUAUAAAAGAGAGACUUAAGUGUGUAUUGCUUUGUAUUCUUGGAUAGUUUGUUUAUGAGACUUUAAAAGGCCCAUACCCUACAGCUCAGAGGUUUUUACAAGGUUAUAUACCAAAAAUCAGUCCUAAUUCAUUUUGACAUGACCAUUUUCCAACGUUUUCUCAUCCCUUACAAUUAAAAAGGAUGUUCUUGGUG